AUGAAUCUAUUGUUUUUUCUGGGUUUUCUGCUCGCCGCCGCCGCCGCCGCCGCGAAUCAGUUGUGCCGUCUCAGCUCGUCCGACAUUUUAAUCGACGACACAUGUUAUCGCUUCGAAAAUAGCAACCUCAAUUAUCAUGAUGCUCAGCGCUAUUGUCAUAUUAUGAAAAUGAAUGUGGCGAUUGCCAAAGACGAGAGGAAAUGGAAUUUUUUGGCGUCGAUGGCCGUCACCAAAUUUGGCAUCACCAACGGCAAUUUCUAUAUUGGACUGAGUCGAUCGAACGCGAGCAGCCCGUUUUAUUGGGACGACGGCACGCCGCUCGAAGUGCACAAUUUUGGAAUUAUGACGCCGCAAAAUAAUGUCAUCGAAUUGAUGCACACGUCGAAAUGGACGACAGUGAAUCCAACCGAACCUCAUUUAUUCAUUUGCAGCUAUUUGAUGAAUGCCACGCAUUCGUGA